AUGGAUCCGCCAACUGAUGAUAUCGAGCUUAAACCCGAGACACUUGAAGAAGAAAUAGAGGGUGGACCUUUGUUUCAUUGUGAUUUUUGUGAUGCUGACGUAGUUGAUAAAAUAGCUCAAUCAUUUCUACCUGGUUUGGCUUCGGCAUGCAUUGACAACACAACCGGAGGUCUGUUUAAGACCCCUGCUAAUGUGGCUGCUGACAUCAGGAAAGAAAUGGUCGAUUACCUUGUCCAACGAAGUGAAAAUUUCGUGGCUGAAUCGGUUGUCCUAGAAGGUGUUGGGGAUGUGGAAGUAUCUGCAGACUCUUACGAUAUUAUAUCUGACUUUGUUGAUGACUUUGUGCAUUCAAAAAGAAAUUUCUUCAGCCGAGUUUCAGGAUGGAUACUGAGUGAGAAAAGAGAAGACUGGAUAGAUGAUCUAGUACAGGAGAUGGAAAUAAAUGGAUUUUGGUUGCUGAACCGGAGGAGCACAGUUGCACAAACGCUGUUGAAAAAUCUAGAUUUCAGAAACACAUAUCAUUGCAACAUGAAUUUCAAGUCCCUGGGAGAUUUAGAAAAGCACAAAUUGAGCUGCGGUUUUAGGACAUUGUCCUGCGGUAAUGAGGGAUGCGAUUCUUCAUUUAGUGCGGCUAAGAUGGAGCAUCAUGAUUCUACCUGUGCUUUUAAAAUGCUUUCAUGCGAGCAGAAGUGCCCGGACAUCAUAAUGAGACGCGAGAUGGACAGACAUUGCAUCACUACAUGUCCCAUGAAGCUUGUCAAAUGCCCUUUUCAGUCAGUAGGAUGCCAAUCCACGGUUCCUCAACGUACAAUCGAGCAGCACAGGUCUGAUAAUCUCCCCAGCCACCUGCUUUAUAUCAUCCAGCUUUCUCACAAGGGAACAUCACUACAAGCUCUGAAACAAAGGGUGCAAGAACUGGAAAAGGUAAGUCUCCUAGCUACAUCAGCUCGUGAUGCUAGAUCUCUGACGUAUGUGGUUAAGGAUCUUGAAGCAAAACUUGGUCCUAUAAAGGAGCAUACAAAGAAGAAAAGCGAUGAAGAUGUUAAAGAUUUGACUGAUCUAAGGGAGGAGAAGACAAACAUAGUGGCUAAACAAGUCAGGUUUGAUGCUGAAAGGGAAACAAUUGGUAUUUCUGAGUCAUCCCGCGCCCCCAAUGAAUCAUUCAACUAG